GACGUGUGCUGCCAGCCGCAUCGCUUCCGGGUUAGAGAUGAAGUUUUGCCCUGGUCCUCGGAGUGGUGUGGGAGCUGUCCGUGCCACGAUGCGGCCGCCUCGCUCUUCGCAAUGAUCGCCCCGGAGCGCUGCAGCUGCGUCGUCUCCGCCUCGCUGCGGGUCGCGGCGGCUGAGCCUCGUCGGGACGGAUCCUGGGGCUGCAGUGGGCUUCUUCUCGACCGAAAGCGGGGCUUGGUCCUCUGCCACGGUCAGAUCUUCUUCCCCUUCCUCCGACAGGCACAGCAAGAUCCCAAUCGCCAGCCCUUCCUGCUCCCCGGAGCGUUCCACCCCGAUCUACAGAUCCACAUACAGUUCCCGGGAGCCAAGUCCAGGGCCCAACCCCAGCCUCGGUUGCCCUUAGCUACCCACCAUGCAGGCGCCCUAGCUGCCGAAUCAGAGUCCUCUCAGUUGGAUUACAGCCCAAAACGCCCUUCAUUGACUGAUGGCGUGGUCAAGGCCCAGAGUUGCAGCCAGGCUGAGAUGCUGAUGAUGUUCCCAUGCCCAGAAUUUCGAGACAUCUUCCAAACCUUGUUUAACAAAUCUGACAAGUGGCAGUUCUACAGUGAAGACAAUGAAGAGGAGCUUCAGGCCAACGCCCUGGAUCUAGUCUGGUUUGCCCUGCUGCGGUGCCCUGGCUGGGUAAACGGGGACACCGUCGUUUGGGGAGAGAACCUCCUGUACGUGAGGAGCGAGCGCCUAAUGAAAGGCCAACCCCUCUUCUGUUGUGCGUCACCCUUUGCUUCCUUCUGCAAUGACAUCUUCAUGAACACGUUCAGUAAGGGGAUUGUGAGUAACCUGGCAGGGGAGAGGAAUGCUAUGAUUUUAACAGAUGCCCGGUGUUUACCAGGUACAGAAGGAGGUGGUACCUACAUCAUAUCCCAGGAUAUGUACUAUCUAGCAGGUUUGAUUGUAGCACCUCUCUGCUGGAAAGCCAAUGAAUGGGUUGGACUGACUUUGGUCUGCUCUGUGACUUGCAUUUUGGAGGCCAUUGGAAGAAUUGUGAAUGGAUUUGAGAUCCUUGGUCCUCCAUCUCUGACUGCCUUAGGGAGUCAGGGCUUAACUCGGCUGCUUGGCUCUGUAGUCCUCCUAGAGUCUGGCAGAGUUUGGGGAUCUGGUGUGCUUGUCAGCCCUAGACUGAUCAUCACAUGUAGACACGUGUUAGACCAAGCGGCAACUGUCAGAGUGAAAAUACAGUCGGGCUCAAACGGCUACCUUGUGUUAAAGGGAAGAGUGGUGUUUGCCACAAAGAAAAAUUCAGCUUACGAUGUGGCAUUGGUGGAACUGGAAGAAGAUCACUCUUUGACUGAAAUACCCACUAUUGCUUCUGAGUUUAAGAUGGGAGACGACGUCUGUGUAAUUGGCUAUGGAGUGUUUGGCCGUGCAUGUGGGCCCUCGGUGACAGCAGGGGUUCUGUCUGCCGUGAUCUGUAUGGAGGACCGACCUGUAAUGCUCCAGACCACCUGCGCUGUUCACGCUGGGGCUAGUGGCGGACCUGUCUUUCGAACCAAAAGUGGAGAGUUACUGGGGAUUGUUUCCAGCAAUGCCCGGAAUAACUUAAGGGGAGCCACCUACCCCCACCUAAACUUCAGCAUUCCAAUCACAGUCCUGCAUCCUCUUCUGUCCGCCUACUGCCGAGCGAGCGAUGCCACGGUCUUUGAGGGACUGAACAAAGAAAACAAACAACUCCAUGCACUUUGGACACUCCGGGCCAGAACUUCAAGCCCUAGGAGGAGCAAACUGUAACUCGGGCUUUUUCCUGUUUGGUCACUCAUUGCUGCCGGUGCCAAGAGCAGAGGGGACUUAAAUCCAGGAGACCUCAAACUGGGAGGAGUUUCCUUUUGAUGCCACCUGCUGGUAUCUCAAAAAUGACCACAAUCACUCAAUAGCCUGUAACUUCCAUUUCAGAGUCAAGCUUUUGAACCAUCUGUACGGACUGAAUCAAGGCGGUCAGGCCGGGUCCCGAGAGCAGGGAACCAGCAAAUGUUUGGCUGCUGGAGCAGACUUGAGGCAGUUCAAUGCAGCAGAAUCAAGGUGGCAGAGCCCAGGCCCAAGAAUGAGGAACACGCUGAUGUUUCACUGAUUUCAGCACCAGGCCAGAUUGAAAAGGUCAGAUUGUCAGGGUUUACUCAUUUUUGUGCUGAACGGAGGCUGUGGCCUGUAACUAACGUGCUCCUGGACCAGUUGCAGUGAUGAACUGGCUUUGUGGCUGUGAGCUCACUUUUGUGAACUUCAAUUCUGAAUGUUAAGUGUUUACUUUUAUUGUUUACAUGAUUUUUUUCUGUACAUUUUAUGUUUUAAGGUCUUCUUAAUGGGUUCAAUUGGGUUUCUUUGUUUUGUGGCUGCCUGUAAGGCGAUGAAUCUCAAGGUUGCAUAUAGUAUACUUACUUUGAUAACGAAAUGAACUUUGAAAUUGAAGCUCAAUGGUUGCAACUUGUCCCAAAUCUAAGGAACUUGGGAAUAUCCUAUGUAUUCCAUGUAUUAUCAGAAAUGAAUGCAUGUUGGGUUCAUGGUUAGGAACAGAUUAAAGUUUGGUUUUCAAUGUGA